ACCAUCCGUCAUUUUGUUUCACCAGGUGACACACAAAGCGACGGGGAAGGUGAUGGUGAUGAAGGAGCUGAUCCGCUGCGAUGAGGAGACGCAGAAGACCUUCCUGACAGAGGUGAAGGUGAUGCGCAGCCUGGACCAUCCCAACGUCCUCAAAUUCAUCGGCGUCCUUUACAAAGACAAGAAGCUCAACCUCCUGACCGAAUACAUUGAAGGCGGGACCUUGAAGGACUUCCUGCGCAACAUGGAUCCGUUCCCUUGGGAGCAGAAGGUCAGCUUCGCCAAAGGAAUCGCGUCGGGAAUGGCGUACCUCCAUUCGAUGUGCAUCAUCCACCGGGACCUGAAUUCGCACAACUGCCUCAUCAAACUGGACAAGACGGUGGUGGUGGCAGAUUUCGGCCUCUCAAGGCUGAUCGUGGAGGAGAGGAAGAAGCCCAUGCCGGAAAAACCUUUGGCGAAGAAGCGAACCCUGCGCAAGAGCGACCGGAAGAAACGCUACACUGUCGUCGGGAACCCAUAUUGGAUGGCGCCGGAGAUGCUAAACGGGCAGAGCUACGACGAAACGGUGGACAUCUUUUCCUUCGGAAUCGUGCUUUGCGAAAUCAUCGGACAAGUCUACGCCGAUCCAGACUGCCUCCCGCGGACACUGGACUUCGGCCUCAACGUGAAGCUGUUUUGGGAGAAAUUCGUACCCGCCGACUGCCCUCCGGCCUUCUUCCCGCUGGCCGCUGUCUGCUGCCGCCUAGAGCCGGAGAGCAGGCCACCAUUUUGCAAACUGGAGGACUCUUUUGAAGCCCUUUCCCUCUACAUGGGUGAACUGGGAAUCCCUCUCCCGUCUGAACUGGAAGAACUGGACCACGACGUCAGCACCCAGUACGGACUGGUCCGCAACAAGGCGCCUGGGAGCUUUUCGUAGAUCUCUGCGCGCUUUUCAUGG